CCUCAAGUUUGUGUCUUUUGUUUGGAUGUUUGAACCGACGGUGACUGGAUAUCAGGCGUGUUAAUAACCAAAAACAUAAAGCAGCCCAGACAGUAUGUAAGUAAGUGCGCAGACUGAGACGAAAGAGAUUUGAACGGUUGUUGAGGACAUUUUUCCGCUUCUUUUGGCUGGCUGACGAAGAAGACAGAGGGAGUAAACUCCAGAUGGAAAGGAAAGGAAGGGGGAAGAUAACUAGGAGGAGUUGAGGAAGGAGCGGACUGUUAUGUGGCAAAACUCUCGACUACCUCUGUGACAACGAGAGCAGUAGAGCUGGUUUAUAUUGUGGAGAAAGUGAGAUGGAGGGAGAGAAGGAGAGACAGCGGCAGCAGCGAGAAGAGAAGGAGAGUAACGAGGCAGAAGAUGACAGGAGGAGUGAUGAUGACGCUGACAAUGAGGAGGAAGAGGAAGACGAUUCGGAGGGUGCUGCGCUGGUCUGGCAGGAAGGCUACGGUGAGGACAAUCUGGGCCUUCCCAUCAUGCACUGGGAGGCGCUGAGUCUGCGCAUUGCUGAGCUGGAGAAGCAGGAGGAGGAGAAUAAGGAGAAAAGGGCAAAGAGCGGAGUUUCUCUGGAGCGAGGCAGGGCUCCACUGAGCUGGAUGGAGGAGAGAGGGAGGAGAGCAGAGAGCUGGGAGGACGGAGACGACGCCUGCAACAGCCAUGUGCUGGCACUCACCUCUCGCCUGCAGACGCAGAUGAAUCUUCAGCUCUGCUUCAUCAACAACAGUGAAAGUGAGGAAGAGGAGGAUGACAAGGAGAAGGAGAGCAGCAACACACGGAGAGGGACUGUUCAGGUCCUUAAGAAUCCUCAGCCUCCUGCCAAGCCAGAGAAACCAAAAUCCAGAGGCUUCAGGAACACUCUGAGGAACCUACGAGACCGACUGAGAACAGACCACAAAACACUGGCUGCAGCUCGUAGUGAUCCUGUAGUCCAGAGAAGACAUGUGGAGCGCAGCGAUUUACAGAACUUCAGUAUUAAGGAUCUGAAGGCUCUUUGUACGUCUCUCAGCCAGACCAUCCAAGACCUGAGCUCAGACCUGGUGAGUCGCCUGCAGGUCCGAGACCAGCUGAGGACGGAGCAGGACGCCAUGCUGCUGGAGGUCCAGGAUCUGACAUCGCUGUGAACCUGCUGAUGGCUCCUGACUGGAGUUCCCCUGCCGAGCAGUCAGGAGCGGUUAAUAUUACACAAACAUUUGAACAAGUGUUACAGCCUGUGAACAUUGUUGGGAAUCAGACAGUGCCACAGUGGUCUCCACAAACAUCUCAGUCAGCCCCUCUUGCUGUUGGUCUGACCAGCCAAUCACUGUGAAGAGUGUCACUCCCUGAAAGGACCAGGACAUUCAGAUGCCUAGUAUUUUUUUAUUGUUGUUGUUAUUGUCUGUGUUGUAUAUUUAUGAGGGAAAUUUUGUCUCACUUAAGGACGGUGUCCACCAGCAGUGGCUUAAAACUUACAUGUGACAGGACCAGCUUUGUCCAGCAGGUGUGGUCACAAUGUCAGAGCGGUAGGGUACGGUUAGUAGCUGAAACUGAUUUGUACACAACAUCCAGACAGUGGAUGGUGGCCUCAAAGGAACACACUUACAUUUUUGGGGAAAUAUGCUUUUUGGCUAUCUUACACUGAGUCACAUUAUGAGGUCAGCACUGGUUUCUUCUCCUCUAGUCCACAGCAGAUUAAGGACUGGGUCAUGUUAAACCCAGUCUAGCAGUCAGACUGGAAGCAAGGGGGAAACACUUGUCCUUACAGUGGAUAGCUCCCACCUUAACACACCAUCAUAAAAGCGUUUUUGCACAUGAAAAUGCAUCUGUACAGCAUGCAGAGUCACUCAGCCAAUCUUGAAGAUAUGAUGAAAGGAUGGUGAGUUUAAGAUUUGAUCGUAUAUCCCCUUUCCACCAAAGCAAACCUUGUUCUGGUUCUGGGCUCGUGCUAGUACUGGUCGCCGUUGGAUCAAGUUUUAAACCUUCUAUGAACCAGUGUUGCCAACGUAGCGACUUUGUCGCUAUAUUUAGCGACUUUUCAGACCCCUCUAGCGACUCUUUUUCAAAAAAGCAACUAGCGACAA